CCUCCGGAUCCUGGUGACCCCAGUUAACCAGACCUCUGUUAUGAAUGGUGACUCAACAACUAUUGAAUGCAUCGCCCACGGCAACCCAUCACCAACAAUAACAUGGACAAGGGAUGGGAACGAGGUGCUGUUUGAUGAGGUUGAGAAGUGGUACGGAGGAAGUCUUCAUUUCAGGAAAGUCUGGAGAAAACAUGCUGGUGUUUACAAAUGUCAUAUCACGCAGCCCGGCUCUGACAGGGCAUAUGAAUACAACACCACUCUUCGUGUACUUGUUCGCCCUGUGAUCGAGAUCGGGCCACAGAGCGCCACCCACCCUGUUGCCAGGAACAUUGUGUUGGAGUGUAAGGUGAAUGGAGAGCCGCCUCCUACAGUGCACUGGCUGAAGGACGGACAGAAGGUGUUUACUGGCGGACAGUUCAGAACGCUGGUGCAAGAAGACCGGAACCAGUUGCGUAUUUACGGCGUGGAGGACGUCCACUCAGCGUACUAUCAGUGUCUUGCCGAUAACGAGGGGGGCAGUGCCUCCUCCAUCGCCAGGAUCAAGAUACAGCUCAUGAACGAUGCUCCUAACAGCCCUGUACAUGUGCACGUGAAGGUCUUAUCAAAGGCAGAGGCAGAAGUCACUUGGACUAUCCAAAAGAAGAAGAAUGCCUCGAAACCUGUCUUCUCCUACACAGUGCACUACCGAGAGGAUAAACUGACCGGAGAAGAGAAGUUGUUUAUAUCCCAUGAAGCCAAAAUGACGUUGCACAACCUGCAGCCAGGAACCAACUACACCGUGUACGUAAAGGCGUAUAACUUUGCCGGUGCCAGCCCCAGCUCGGAGGUGGUACGCUUCACCACCCUGGAUUCCUUACCAAGGGGCUUCCCCACACCAACGCUCGACAGUACAAGCUCCUUUACAGUGCUGGUCAAGUGGCAACCCCUGCCUAAAGAGCUGCGAGGUGGCACCAUUGUCAAUUACCGCAUCUACUACGGCCUGUGCGACACCGACAUCAUCAGUAACGUUGAAGUUGAAGGACACACCUACAAGUACCUCAUCACCGAUCUGCUUCCCGACUCAGACUACCGUGUUCGACUCGCUGCUGCUACUAGUGAAGGAUACCAUAACUUCCCGGACAGUGAGUGGCCGUGGACAACCAUCAGGACCAGGCAGGAAUCUGCUUCAGAAAACAGUGAAGCCCAUGUGAACCUGAACGUGACGGUUGAUGAGAUCAACAUGACGACCACCAAGGUGAGCUGGCUGUACCCACGGAAACUGCGGCUGUCCAAGCAGGUCAUCUUCCUGCGCAACCUGAAGCGGAGUGACGGCAUGCAGAUGUACAGUUUGGCCAUCUACCGCAGGGAAAUCACCUUCACAAACCUCGAGCCAGACACCACGUACCAGUUCUUCGUUCUCGGAGAGCAUGAGCACCAGAAGAUCGCCUUUGUAACCAGCAUCUUCCACACAUUGUCCAACAGAACCAAAUACGAUGUACCCAGUCACCUGGCUGGUAAUGCCCUCCUCCCUAACGUCAUCUCCAUCACGUGGAACUACCUCGGCGACAACAGCCAUGACGUCACUCAAUACAUUGUCCGAUAUAAACCCAUAAACCUGGAACAUAGAUGCUCCAAAGACGAGAAGACCUUCAGAACCCGUACCCAGGAGGCAUCCCUGGCCAACCUGGAACCUUUCACCUUCUACAACAUCUCCGUGUGCGCCGUCUUUGACGACAGCAGAUCCCAGUUCAGUGAGCCCAUUGUCGUGCGCACCCUGGAGGAUGUGGCCUCUCCUCCGGAGAACGUUGAGGCAGUAGUUAUCUCCCCUGGUGAGGUGCAACUGCAGUGGAAGCCACCUCACCAUCCCAACGGCAACAUCAAAGGUCAUGUCAUCUCCUACAAUAUCGAGGUUAUUCAGCAUCCACCAUGGACUGAACUGUACCAGGCUGGGCAGGACACUUCCGCGGUGGUGCAGAACCUGACUGGCCGGACGUACUACUUCCGUGUACAAGCGUGUAAUGGGGCGGGCAAGGGGAUACCGUCCACCAAGCUCAUUGUACACAUGGAGAACUUCAACACACCAGAACAUAGGACCCUCUCGGAUCAGCAGCUCGGAAUCCUGGGAGGAGUGGGGAUCGGCCUCACCAGCAUCAUCGUCACCAUUAUCUUCAUCUUCUGCAAACAGAGGCACUUCUACAGACAUCAUGCCUUGGCUGCAGAGCAUCAUGCUGCGCAGACCAUUGCUGUAGAGGCCGGAACUCCCACUGCAACAACAACCUGUGCCUGCAAGAGAGAAAAAGUUCCACCCAAAACAGCGCCGGAACAAGCACAUGUUGCUAAGGAAACAGAAGAUACAAGUAACCCUGAUCCACACAUUGCAAGCAUUGUUGGGGGACGUGUCUACAGUGAUGGGUGUAAUACUCAGGCUGAAGAGCUUCUGGCAUUGCUGGCACCGCGAGACGGAAGCUACUCCGCUGGAAGCGACAGCCGCUCUACAUCAACUGAUGGCACAAAGGAGAUGUCAGACACUACAGCGACCACUGAUGACAUCACGACACAGCUGACACACGACACAGCGUGUUAACCUUUGACCUUGACCCAGCUCUUUGCUACCUCACUGUACAGAGAUGACAGAACCGCAGUGGCAAAUGUUGCCAUCCCUUAUCCGGCAGCCGGUUAAUUGUCGUCAGUUAUUCACUCAUACCACUCCUAGGUAUUAUCUAAGGAACUAUUGCCAUGGUAACAAGUGAAGACACUGACGUUUCCGUGUCGGUGCCUCAAUGUUGUUUAACAUUAAUAUGGCUGAAGAUCUACCUUCCAAGGGAUGUAACUCCUAUAUGACUAGAUACUUUGUAUCAAAGGUGUUUACACUUGUUGGUAUUAAGCUGUCUUCUCAAAUAGGAGAUUUCUUUUGCAAACCGAUCAGUCAAACAAGGGAAGUAACUGGUGUUAAAUACAAGGGAAGUAACUCUUGUUGAGACUUUGGGAUGUGUGUCAUCUGUCGGAGUUCUACCAUAUCAACAGCUAAAUUAUUCAUGUACCAGAAAAGGAAUAUUAGCCUGAAUAUAUUUUGAAGCAAAAGUAUCCUUUCCUGUUUAACUGGUGUUUGAAACUACAGAUGAUAUUAAGUAAGACUAGUCGAGAAGAUGCUUCAACAACAUUGAGAGACCGAUGUGUAUAGUUCUUACCUCACUUCAAGUUUUCUUUAUAAUCAGGAAUCGUAACUGUGUCUUGGGCAUGAACACUACAUCCCGACCAUUGGCGGAAUCUACCUCGAGCGAGACUCCCACACUGACUUACGCGGUCUGACUCACGCGGUCUGACUCACGCGGUCUGACUCAUGUCAGACUACAGAAACUGGACAGGCAACAAAAUAGACAGACCCAAAGUGGCUGGACACGUGGAAUUCU